ACGAGAUGCGCCAGUGGAACAAUAGUAUAUAUAUCUGUAUCCCAGUCGCUUCGAAAAAUUCAUUUCAUCACUAAAGCAUUCAAUCAACUACCAUUUCAUACAAACAAACAUCAUCUUUACUCUCAUCCCUCAGCAACACGAUCCCCUUAGUACCCAAGGACCAAAACAACCAAAACAUGCCUGCUCAGCGCUUCAAGGCAAUCAUCGUCGGAGGUGGUCCAGUUGGCCUCACAGCUGCUCAUGCUCUAUCCCGCGCAAACAUUGACUUCAUUCUUCUUGAACGUCGCUCAAGCGCUGUCAUCGACGCUGGCUCCAACCUCGUCCUCAACCCCAUGGGUCUUCGCGCUCUUGAUCAACUCGGUCUCGCAGCUCCUCUUGAACAAGUCAGCUCCCCUCUUGGUCUGAUCAGCCGUCAAGAUCACCAGGGGCGCGACAUUGGCGACGCGUACUGGUUCAUUCUGUUUAACAAACUCUUGGGAACUUUUCCCCGUGUUGUCAGCCGUCAUGACCUCACCAAAGUACUCUACGACUCCUUCACUCCCCUCCAGAAGAGCCAGAUCCUCACCGACAAGAAAGUCGCCGACAUCAUCCCCAGCGAAACCGGCGUCAAAGUCUCCUGUGACGACGGAACAUCUUAUGAGGGUUCCAUCGUCAUCGGAGCAGAUGGCGCUCACAGCUAUGUCCGAAACAAGAUGCGAAACCUUGCUGAAAAUGCCGACUCUGAUGAGAUCAAUGACGAAAAGCCCUUCCUGACCACAUUUCGAGCUCUCUGGCUCCGCAUGCCUACCAAGUUCGCGGGUAUCGAGCCUGGCACUACCUGUGAGACUCACGGUCCUGGUGCAGCGACACAGCUCUUUGCGGGUGAAGAUUCUUCGGUGAUGGGCCUUUAUGAGAAGUUGGAUGCGCCUACUCGCGAUCGGGUGCGAUACACCGAGAAGGAUCAAAUCGAUCUUGUUGAGCGAUGGGGACACAUUCCUCUGGUGCCCGGAGGCAGACUCACCCUCAAGGAGGCCUUCGAAGCUCGCACACAGUCUGGUCUUGUCAGUCUCGAAGAAGGUGUCGUCAACCACUGGAGCUGGGGCGGUCGUGUCGUUCUCGCAGGCGACUCAGCACACAAGUUCACCCCCAGCACAGGGGCAGGCUGCAACAAUGGCCUCAUCGACGUCGUUGCACUGGUCAACCAGCUGUACGCCCUUCGCCAGCAAACACCUUCCCCAACUCACGCUCAACUCGCGACCGCCUUUCAGUCGUACCAAACUUCACGCAUGGAUGCCGUUGUCGAAGCUUGCCGGGGCUCGGGUCAAGCCACUUCCAGUGCCACUUGGCAGACUGGCGUGUUCAAGUUCAUUGACAAGCACAUCAUUGGCAUCACUGCCAUACAAAACAUGCUGUUUGGUCUGGGUGCUCCCAAGAUGGCGCAGUCGCCUAAGUUGACGUUCAUCAAGGGGCCGGAGAGACAUGUUGGCAAGAUUGCUUGGACAGAGCCGCAGGAAAACAAGGUUUAUUGAGGGGGUUUGGACACAAGAAUGGUUUCUUUGACUUGUACUUGUAAUCUUCAAUGGAAUGCAACGACCGUUUCGAGUGACGAAUGUGACAACUUGAUAUGCCCAGCAAGAGGAACUGGAGCCGCAGGUCUAACCCCCCCUGGCGACUUGAAUUCUCAAGCUGUCAAGGUAGAAGUCCCUUGGCUCAAGGUCUCGUCAUCUGCGACUUGCAAUCGUGUCUGGGUACUGCUUGUCAGCCGCGUCCAUGCGUCGUCGAAUGUUGUCGAAUGAUAGAGAGUGAGAUACUGAUUAGCAUUGACACAGAUGCGUCAUAAAAAAAGAAUCAAAAUUUGCCAACGGCGCACACCAACGUUGACGAACAGAGAUGGAAGUGGCUUAUUGAAGUCAACGCAUCCAAUAACGUCGUUGAGCUUGGCAGAUUGAUA